AUGCCAUCACUUCUGCCGUUCCCGGCCGCUUCACUCUUUUAUGUCAUCGUUUUCCUGCUGGUUCAGGAAGCUACGACUCAAUGUAGGCCACAGUUAACGUAUCCUGAACUAGAACCAUUACAGUACAAUGGUUCAUGGUUCAUAAUUGCCCGGAAAGCGCCUUCAUCCGGAUCAUUCUUGCCAUCACACCUGAAUUCAUCCCUCAUACGCUUGGAAGUCGACGGUGAUCAGCGUCUGAAUAUGACUGAAUACCAUUCUGUAAACGGAACGUGUAUGCCACCGCUCUUUGGCGUCUGGAAAAAGAAGGAACUCGGCUACUUCAUGGAGGUGCGCACGGAAAACGGCUACUUAUUUUCAAUGGGAUUACGAGCGAUUUAUCACGACUAUUCUGGAGAACAAAAUGAAGAGAUGAAUAUGGUCGUCUACGGUUGUUCCCAGGACGAUGGUUACGGGAAUUGUAAGCCUAACGAAGAACUUGUUAUGAUUAUGAGCAACUCCCGUCAUCCACAAACGUUGCAGCUGUUCAAAUCAGCAAAACUGAUUGAAGAUGCUGCUUGCAUAGACAUCUUGCAAUUCAAAACUCUGGACACUUACACCGCAUGUGGUGAUGAAGUCGUGGAUGAAGACCAGAAGCUUAUCCAUGCAAGGAUCGACGAAAACAAUGAAUUCGUGGAUGUCGAAUGUCAGGUGGAGAACCAAAAAACCCCAAUAACAAAUAUCAGCAACUUUUUCGACGAACCUCGAGUGCUUACCGUAACAGCGUACAUUGAUCCAUCGUUGGUGAAUGAACAAAUAGCUCACAUAAGUUGUGUCUACGUGAAUCAAUCUUCUGCUACAUGCGAGUGGAUAAGAAACAACAAGUGCUCCAAGUCUCAACUGAGUCAAAGCAUCAACGGUGCUUCCUCGCUGAAGAUGUUGACCAACUAUACUCGCCUUGACGGAAAUGAGACAUCGAUCGACUGGUCCGGCACAAUAAUAUGGGAAAAUGGUGACGAAUACAUAUCAAUGCACUGCUUGGUAAUCGGCGAAGAUGGAGCAUGCGAUUCCUGGAGGGUAUAUGUCUGGUCUGAUGAGGAUCACAUGGACCAACCAACGAUCAACGAAAUCUACAGACAGCUGCAGGCGUUUUGCAUUGAUCCUACUGAUCUAGUUUUUCUCAACACUUUUCAUGAAUGCUCAAACGAAUCUUCUACGACGCCCGCGAACAAAUCCUGUGGUGCAGUUGAUGGAUGGUCUCCGCUAAAUACAGCAAUGUUGCAGGGUGUUUGGUACUUCGCUGCAGAUUUGAAUGCAGACCCUAAAAUAUUCCUGCAGUCGGCGGUGAUCGCUCUUACUCCCAAUGAAACUAAUCCUUCAACGAUGCACAUACGGUAUUAUGCUCAGAAAGAGGCCGAUAGUGAAUGCGUCGGUCCACACGAAGGCGAAGCUAUUCUUCUAGAAAAUUCGACGUUGCUCAUAACCAUUGAGUAUCGCUACACUCUAGUACCAAAAUUUCGGAAUACGAUGAAAUUCAGUUACCAGGUGUUGUACAUCGACAACCAGCGUGCUGCUCUCUAUUGGUGCUAUCAGCGUGCCCAGAAUGUUCUGGAAAUAAAGAUACUGCGAGGGACGAUCGCUUCCACUCGCCUCGAUCAUAUCCGCAAUGAAGAAGAUCCAGCAAAGACUGGAGAUGGCCGUUUUAUGCUGUGGAACAGCAAGUCAAGAGAUCGGUCCCGCCACUUCUCACACAAUGAUCUCUCUAUGGUACUGCCAUAUUUGGAGAAGGUGUGUAUUGAGAAGGACAAUCUUCGCUGGUUUGAUCUCCAUUUGACACUUUCCCAUUACGACGUCCUUCACAUCCUCACGGAUGUGCAGGAGCCGAAAUGUUUGGUUCAUCAAGUGAAAGGAGUACGUGCUGAUCUUACCUCGAUUGAAAAGGCUGGAACAUGGUUUCUGAUGGCAAGAUUCGACGAAAUGGCGCUCGAUACGUAUGCGAUGGUUAUGCGAAUAACCACCGUUUCUCAAACGUCCGCAGUUUUACGACUCUUCCAGUCUGCAGCUCUUCCUGGUGAACCAUUGGAUUGUUUCACUCGUGUUUUUACUGUGAAGGAACUCCAGAAUGGUACUGACUUUUUCUACGAGCUACACUUUGAGGCCUCCACGAAGAAUUCCACAACGAUGAUCUUCCGUUUCCUCUUCUUCAAUCGACAUGUGGGAGUGUUGUACUCGUGUUUGAGCAUUUCACAUGAUGGUAAAUGCGAGGAACGCGCAAUUUAUGUGAUCUCACGGCACGAAACCAUCGACCAUGCCGAACUGAUCGUGCUCGAGAAAGUGGCGAAAGCAGUUUGUGUGGAUCCGCAAGUACUGUACCAUACUGCUUUCUUUGACGAAUGUGUCUAUGACCAUGCUCAGCUUAGACCACCAGUUUGUGGUGCAAUCGAGGCGAAAUCGUCGAUUGCCGAAUGGACGCCUCUGAAUGAAGAACUGAUAAGGCUCACCUACGGUUCAAUUACGUAUCAUGCGGUUGCGUCCAGCGAUCUACUAGCAAACCCGUUUGCACUUCGUUUCAGUGGGAACGGCACCGAGAAGAUCUCCGAUGGGACAACCGGAUGCGAUGUGACACCAGUCACCGUAGAAUUCUCAGCACGGAAUCGAUUGCUGGUUCGUGUAAACGGAGAGGUCGUACUUCUUCAUCCGACUGCGUCAAGAUCGGAAUUAUUUCUGAAAGAAGCUCAAAUGACUGGAUCCUUACCUUGUCUAAAUCCUAUUGAAGAACGAAAUGGUACAUGUGAAGAACUUCGUACUCCUUCUUGCCGUGGUGCUACCUCCUUACGAAUGGCCGAACAGUUGCACGGGGAAUGGGUUUUACACGCAGCCGAUCCGACAUAUGUGUUGAAUUGGAAAUGUGUGGUGAAACCGUACGGGACGAAUCAGCACGAAUUCUCCUGUCUUAGUGAAGGCUGGUACGGUGAAUGUGAACGUGAGACGGUAGCCGUGCUAACAGUGGAUGCAUGGGGUGGAUUUCAAUUCUCCAUCGACUCACCAACUCAUAUACCAUCUGAGCUUAUGUCAUCCGGAAAUAUUUCCGUCACCACAGACAGAUUAAUUCUGAUGAGCGAUGAGUUUAGCGGACGAGUUGUCGGAUUUCUGCAUAUGGCCGUUACCAUCACAAACUCGUACCCGUGA